CCACCUUUCUUACUACUUUGAUCGUAUACCCAAUUCACGCGCAAUCAUGCCUCCAGUCUUUGGCAUUAGCGCUCCCAAAUGCCCACGCUGUACCAAGAGUGUAUAUCAGGCAGAGCAGGUCAUUGGCCCCAACUCCACACCAUACCACAAGCCUUGUCUGACAUGCAUCACUUGCAACAAGCGACUCGACUCGACCCUCCUCGUCGAACACGACGGCGAGGCUUUGUGCAAGAAUUGCCAUCGUUCUCACCUCGGUGUAGGUAAAGGAGCAUUCGGCAAGGCGGUGCCUGUCAGGGCCACAUUGCCGACGAGUCCCCAAAGGGGAGCAGAGAGCAAUAGAAGGUUGGCGCCAGAGCACGGCGAGGAGGACAUUGAUGACGAUACGAUGCGUAGCUUGAGUGGCAUUAGUAUUUCGGCAAGAUCGAAGCCAGUGGCGGUGCCCCCGCCUUCCCAAGAGAGAGACGUCGCAACCUCGCCCGAUGUUGCUCGGCCGCCGAACCCAACACCUUCAACUGCCAUGGAUCCGGUACGCCCGCCGAUCGCAUCACCGCCCUCAGGCUCGUUGGGGAAUGGAUCGUCUGUCACAAGCAUCGAUGACGCUGUUGCGGGAGGGAUGGCCUUGCCCAACAUUACAUCGCGAAGUGCAGCUCUGCGAGAUGCAGUUGAUGGAAUAGAGCGCGCUGUUGGUAGCGAGGAGCCAAGGGGUGAUGCAGCAUCAGUAGAGCAGAGGAGUGCUAGACCAGAAUCCAUUGGCGGCGCAGCAGCAGCAGCGGCUUCAGCGCCUCUGCCUCCCUCCUCCUCGACCUCGGCAGCAACCCCUCGCCGCCUGCCCUCACCCGUACGCCGCACCCCUGCUGCAUCAAGCAAUGGAUACAAGACGUCCUCCAACCUGGGCGGCACGGAAUCGCCAUCCUCGAACUACUCGCCCUCGGCCUCAACUCCCUUCCGCUCCCAAUACUCCAUCUCCUCUCCGAAUUCAACGCCAACCCGCCUCGCCACCUCGAUCAACUCGGGCACACCCCUCUGCAGUCGCUGUUCUCGACCAGCCUACCACGCAGAAGCCGUCGUGGGGGCCACAUCUGGCGGGCGAGUCUGGCAUAGGGCCUGCCUCAAAUGCGAAUCCUGUGGGACUACCCUCAGGAAGGGAUUGGUGGAGGAAGGACCGGAGAGAGUGGGGCAGGAGGUGGGCGAAGGCAUGAACACGUUCUGUAGGAACUGCCAUAAGAUGCGUUUUGGGCCUAGGGGGAUUGGGAGCGCUGGGAGUAGUUACCCGUUGAAGGGAUGAUGGGAUCUUGGAGACGCGACGUGACGUGACGUGACGUGACCUGAUCGUCUUUCGAUACCACUUGACCUGUAGUAUGUAUGCUCUCCUCUCCUGUAUCCUUCGUCCACUGUGCGAGAAUGACAUUGUAAUUCCAUUGCCAUGGCCA